CGGGGGCGGCAGAAGGAAGGAGAGAGAGAGUCCGAUCCAGCGCGGUCGAGAUGAAGACGAUUCUGUCGACGGAUACGAUGGAGAUCCCGGAGGGGGUGACGGUGCGAGUGAAGGCGAAGGUGGUCGAGGUGGAGGGCCCCCGCGGUAAGCUGACCCGCAACUUCAAGCACCUCAACCUCGACUUCCAGCUCAUCGAGGGCAGCCGCAAGCUCAAAGUGGAUGCCUGGUUCGGCUCCCGCAAGACCACCGCGUCCAUCCGCACCGCCAUCAGCCACGUCCAGAACCUCAUCACCGGCGUCACCAAAGGAUACCGCUACAAGAUGCGAUUCGUCUACGCCCACUUCCCCAUCAACGCCUCCAUCAACAACAACAACAACUCCAUCGAGAUCCGCAACUUCCUUGGCGAGAAAAAGGUGCGGAAGGUGGAUAUGCUUGAGGGGGUGAAAAUCGUUCGGUCCGAGAAGGUCAAGGAUGAGCUUAUCCUUGAUGGCAAUGAUAUUGAACUUGUUUCUCGCUCUGCUGCCCUUAUCAACCAGAAAUGCCAUGUGAAGAACAAAGACAUCAGGAAGUUCUUGGAUGGUAUCUAUGUUAGUGAGAAGGGAACAAUUGAGGAACAGUAAGCGAUGCUAAGAUGAUUAGAACCUUACUGAAGCUUUCUUGUGGAGGAGUCUCUGCCUAGACAGUUCUCUCUUAAACUUGAUGUCUUGUGAUUGUUUGGAAUUACUGUUCUUUCUUCUGAUGUUGGAAGUUAUAAACUCUAUGGUUAGUCUUAUAGUUAAUGAUAAUUAGCCGUGGAGAACCUUUUUUUUUUAAUUGAUCAUAAUGAAAGUAGAUACCUCGGGCACAUGUUUUGAACUAUGAAAGUGAGUUUAUGUUUCAUGUUAUCAAAUCUGUUGUUUAUCCUUGUACU